UAGAGGCUGGGAGGCGGGGCCUGCGCGGGUGUUAGGUUAGCGCGAGGCGUGACCUAGUUGACAGGCUCUGAGGUGCUGCUGUGGUGGCUGCCGCGGGGCUGAGGCAGGUGGGAGCCGGAACCGAGUGCGUACAGAGGGAGGAGGGCGGCGACUGGAGAGCGGCGAGCGGCGCGGGACCCGGAGCCUCUUCCACUUUUUCCCUCCCGAGCGCCCCCUCCCACCCCUCCCACUCCGCAUACACCCUGUUUGCCCGUGAGCCUGGGGAACUUGCAGCUUAAAGCCAGCCACCCCCACAGCAACAUGUACCCCAGCAACAAGAAGAAAAAGGUGUGGAGAGAGGAGAAAGAACGUUUGCUGAAGAUGACCGUAGAGGAGAGACGCAAAGAAUACCUAAGGGACUAUGUUCCCUUGAACACCAUCCCAUCAUGGAAAGAGGAGAUGAAGGGCAAGAGUCAAAAUGAUGAAGAAAACACUCAGGAAACAUCACAGGUGAAGAAAAGUUUGAGUGAAGAAGUUUCUCUCUAUAGAGGUGACAUCACAUUGCUAGAGGUAGAUGCUAUAGUCAAUGCUGCAAAUACCAGUCUUCUUGGAGGUGGAGGUGUGGACGGCUGUAUUCACAGAGCAGCUGGCCCCUGUUUGGUCGCUGAAUGUCGUAACCUGAACGGCUGUGAAACUGGACAUGCAAAAAUCACGUGUGGCUAUGACCUGCCUGCAAAAUAUGUUAUCCAUACCGUAGGACCAAUAGCCAGAGGCCAUAUUAAUGGUUCCCACAAGGAAGACCUUGCAAAUUGCUAUAAAUCAUCUCUGAAACUGGUGAAAGAAAAUAACAUCCGAUCAGUUGCAUUUCCCUGCAUCUCAACAGGCAUUUACGGUUUUCCAAACGAGCCUGCUGCAGUCAUCGCCCUCAGCACCAUUAAGGAAUGGCUGACCAAGAAUCAGCACCAGGUGGAUCGGAUCAUCUUCUGUGUCUUCCUAGAAGUCGACUUCAAAAUCUACAAAAAGAAAAUGAGCGAGUUUUUCCCUGCAGAUGAUAAUAAUGAAGAAGAAGACAUUGACAUGAAAGAAGAUUCAGAGGGGUUAGAGCCAAAAGACCGCUCUCCACCCCACAAGAAGAGCAAAGCAAAGAAGCCAGAAGGUUCCAAGGACGCUAGCAAGGAUGAGAACGGUCCACAGGAAAAGCCAAGUGCCAAAGAAGUGGAAGGGCAGGGCCAAGAAGCAGAUGGUGCCAGCACUGCCCCCGUGCCCAGCCCUUCUUCAGAAGAGGCAGCUGAAGUCUGUAAAGAUGAAGAUUCUGCAAAGGAUGACAAUAUUACAGAAGAAAAUGAAGUAACAGAUCAUUCUACAUGUGGCCAAGAUCAUCCCAAUGGACAAAAGAAUGAUUCAAUGAAGAAUGAAAUAAACAUUGAGGCAGAGUCCCAGAGCUCAUAUAUGGAAACAGAAGAGCUUUCAUUGAACCAAGAAGAUAUCACGAUCUUGGAGCAGCAAGAAGUGAUUCCACUAACAGAUGACCAAGAAGGAAAAGAAGGUGAAAAAGCGCAAGGCGAGGACACACCUAGAGUUCCUGUGAAAAGCGAAGGCUCUGGUGACACAGAAAAUUCUACAAGUCCUGAUGUUGAAAUGAAUAAUCAGGUUGACAGUGUAAAUGACCCAACAGAGAGUCAGCAAGAAGAUUAAUAGGGGCACAAGAUGAAGCAAAGGAACAAAGAAAUGGAAGUAAAUGACAGUCCUCAGCAUUGCAGGCCUCCCGGGCCCCGGGGGGCGGGGGGGGGGGUGGUGGUGGUGGAAAAAGACACCUGCGUGCCCUGUGGGGGAGGGGGGGGAGGCGAGUCCCACGGAAGGAUGGGGAAUCCUUUGCUCUAAUUUCUCCAGCCGCAUUUUGUUCUGUUUACCGGCAGAAAGAGAAAGAAAAAAGGGAAAAAAAAAAAGUUUUAUUUGGUGGGGGGACCCACAUGAAUGCAUCUUUCAGGCACUAUUCCUGUCAUUUCUGUCUUUUCUCUCACGACUCUGCCCCAGGGUCCCAGUGGCACGUGUGACAUACAUGUGUAUCCUGGCUCCUGUCUGCUUUCUCAGUUAUUUCACAAAGCUGGUUGGUACAGUGGUUUCUUCCAAGAAAGAGAAGGAAGGUGACUGUUUGGUAAGCUGCAGGCUGCAUUUCAGGAACCAUCAAACCCUGUAUUAGAAUCCAUGGAUGAAGGAGGCAGGAUAGAAGAUGGGCAAAACCAUCAGAAAUCACUUGGAAAAAGGUCAGGACGAUGAGUUAAAAAUGGUGUUUUAUUCCGGGAUUCCCAAGGUACAGUGUUGUUCCGUGUGGUUGUCAGGAGGAUUGUGGAAGUAGAGUUUAAUCCGGAGCAGAGCGUGGAGGCAUCACAAGGAAGGUGGGCCCUGGAUGCUGUCGGGUCUUCCUUGGUAGAGGACGGCAGGUGAGUUCUUCUCUGACACCAACUUUCAGCAGAGCUCACCUGGUUCAGGAGGUCUUUACUGGGUGCUUCACAUGGAGCCCCCCUGGGAGACGUAUGUAACUCCUUGUGACACAACUGUAUGGGGUGGUACUUCUCUAGGCAUUUUAGUUAAGAGACAGGGGGCUGCUGCAUUUAGGAUCCAAGCAUCCGCCUAUGAAUAUGAAAAGUUCCACUUGAAAUCUCUCUUUAUAGAUAGGCUUCUCAUAAAAGAACGUCUUGUCUUCACCCAAGGACUGAUGACCCACAGAGCAGAUUCUCACUUGAAGUUAGAGGCGAUUAGAGGUCUUGCUUGUAGUUCUGGCUUCCUGGUUUGCUUUUACACGCUGUGUUUUUGUUCAUGCUGAGUCCAAGACUAACUUGAUGGCUAGUCCCCUCUCCCAGAGCACACUGAAGGAGAGUAGCAGUACUAAUAAGCCAAGAUGUCAGUGAUACGGUGGGCAUGAGGGGUGAAGGGCCCAGGAGGAAGUUAGAAGUCGUCACAAAUGUCUAUCCUAGGGCCAACGUGGACAGAAGCCUCAGGACGCAAGACACCUGCUUCCCACAGCCUCCCCGGCUCUGAGACCAAUCUGUUUGUUUCUGUGACAACUCGCACUAUUUCUUCCAUAUCGUCUUAAAUCCACCUUCCUUAUGAGGGCUUUAGAACUAUAAGUAAGUUAGCUGCAUAUUUUUUCUUUGUAGAGGGAGAAAAGCAAUGGCGAGCGUUUCUACCAUAAAAGGGUGUUCUGCUUUCUAAAUAUUCCAUGGAGUUCUUCAGUUUUGCUCUUUCCUCUAAAGAAAAUUCACCUUAUCUUCCUAUGAAUUUUGUUUUGGCCUUUCUGAAUUUGUUGCCUCCCUGGAUGGCUUAUUUGGUCUAUUGGAAUAAGUUGCCUCUCUGGAUGGCUUAUUUGGUCUAUUGGAACAAUUAACAAGUUGUAUUUCUACCUGUGUAAUAUGUUUUAACACCCUCAGUUUUUUAAGCUGCUCAUCAACCUAGCAGCAACAAUAUUUAAGUGACCUCAUGAUUUCAGAACAUGCUAAUUUCCCCUUCUGCCAUUAUUCCACGGUUUGAUACAGAAACUGUUAUGUCCUCUACUGCCAUUAGACAUCGCUUUGUAGAAAAACAAGGAAAAGCCUCGUUUUCAAUAAUCCAGGAAAUGAUGCCAUGGGAAUACUGACAGUUUCUAGAUUUCAUGUCAUCUUUUUUUUUUGCGGUACGCGGGCCUCUCACUGUCGUGGCCUCUCCCGUUGUGGAGCACAGGCUCCGGAUGCGCAGGCUCAGCGGCCAUGGCUCACGGGCCCAGCCGCUCCGCGGCAUGUGGGAUCUUCCCGGACCGGGGCACGAACCCGCGUCCCCUGCAUCGGCAGGCGGACUCUCAACCACUGCGCCACCAGGGAAGCCCUCAUGUCAUCGUUAUAACUUAACUGAAAGUCGCCAUCAUUCUUGUGAAGUACUUGACAAGCACAAUCUUCUGGGAGCACAUUUUCCUAUGACUCCUAAGCAUUAGUGCUACUCGUGCUCAAUAAUGAGUUAAGUUGAAAAGUACAGGAGGAGGCAGGAAGGAUGGAGAUUUUCUUUAACGGACAAAGAUGAAAGAGACCUAAUGUCUCUGGUAGGAACAGUAGGGAUCAGAAUUACUUCAGUCCUGGUGUUGCCUUUGACAUCAAUGAUAGCCAUUCAUUCAUUUUCAAUGUGGGUGGGGUAGGAAUGAGAGGAGGGAGGGCUCUGCCUGAAAACUAUAGAAAAAGAAAGUCAGCUCUGUAUCCAGGAAACUGAGUGAGGAGUAAGUAUGAUCAGUCCCACUCUUGAAUUUGUUUACACUUGACUUUAUGAUUAGAUUGUGUUUUCAUUUUUGCCUCAUUAUGAUUUUGGGUUGCUAUUUGGUGGUAAGAUUUUAUGCUUUAGGACAAAUAAUGAAGUGAAUUUCCAUUUCAAUAGUAAAAUAUUAAAAAUCUAGCUCUUGGCCAGAUCGAAGACACCCACGACACAGGAAACCAUUAUUUCAGUGGUGCUGUCAUUGCACAGACUGUACAAUGGAAAGUUUGAAAGGCUGAUUGAAUUCUCCGGAACAUGAAUUCUGUAUGUCAGUUUCCAACCACAAUCCAGCCAGGCUAGGUGGUAUGAGGGUUUACAGGACGGAGAGUGGGACCAAGGUAGGCUUUCCACAUAAUAGAUCUAAUUAAAAAGGUACUUGUUUUAGGAGAGACAAAGGAUGUGUCCUCUAGCUGGUAACUAUUCAGACGAUGGACAAGCCUUCUUUCGUAAAAGCUUACAAAGGCGGUGUCCAAAACACGGUCUAUGAUACUGGGUCACCUGUUAGUCAUCGCAGCUAAUUGUACAUCUUUCUAUGAAACACUGAAAAGCCUCUUUGUGAAUUAAUACAGUUCUGCUUGAUGCAGUUGAUUUGAAAUGACAUUUCUCUGUAUGUGGUGCAUGUCGGCUUUGCUUUGACAAAUAACAAAGUUAGCAGAAUAUGUUCAAUAUAUUUUCUUGGGGAAUAGGGUUUUUAUCAUAUGAUUCAUUAAGGAUUUGCCUUACCCUGACAUUUGUGAUAUAAAGGAAAAUCAGAAAAAAAGUAAUUUUCUUGAUCAAGAUAUGUUUUUACUUAAUGCAAAUAAAUGUAGUCUGUUGCUUGCAAGGGAAAAAAUAAUGUCUUCUGAGAUCUGGUAUAAACUGCUAAAUAGAAUAAUAUGUGCCUCUUUUGUUAAACCAGCAUUUAAAUACUGGACUGCUUCUAAAUACGUUUGUUUCUUUUCAUGUGUACCAUACACUAAAAAACUUAAACAACUGUUGCCUUCAUACUAUAUUUGUUAGAGCAGAAUAUGAAUAAAAUUUGUUUGAGAAGAUAAGGUGGAA